AUGAAGCGGGCGGCCUGGACAUGGCUAGACUGGACAACUUACCUCUUCUGCCUCUCUCAUAUCCCAGCGACCUUGUUCGUUGACCUGACGCCCAUCUACCCUGACAUUGCACUCCUGCGGCCGCUGCAAUGGCUGCGUUCUUGGUACCUUAGCACUUUUGCCGACCCGCUGAUGGGUGGACAGAGCUAUCCUGGUGCUUGGUUCAAGUGUUUUCUAUGGAUUGAGGGGAUAUUCCAGCUGCCGGUUUGCAUUCUGCUCGUAUGGGCAUAUCAUCGCGAACAACAGGACGCGACUUGGGCGCGUUUGCUGGUGGGUUUGUACAGCAUACAAGUGGCUACCUCCACGAUUGCCUCGUUGGCGGAAAUUUUCGCAUUCGACACCAUUACGCUCAGGCAGAAGCUUGCCCUGUGCUCCAUGUUUUGGCCGUAUGUCGCCGUCCCUGUCGUC